CUCUCUCUCUCUCUCUCUUGAAUCAGCAGCAGAAAGGAAACUUUUCGUCACCGCCAUGUCCGCGAAGCUCAAGGUCGACGAGCUCCGCGCCGAGCUCUCCCACCGCGGCCUCAAUACCUCCGGGACGAAACCCACACUCGUCCGCCGGCUGGACGCCGCUCUCCGCAAGGAGAAAAGGGAAGCGGAGGCAUCCGACAAGGCGGAUUCUUUGACGGAUGGCGUCUCCAAGGGCGCCAAGAAGAGGCGGAAAGAUGCGGCUGGCGAUGCCAUGGUGGAAAAUGCCGAAGAGGACGAGGGGGGCAAUAAGGAGGAGAAGCGGGUCACAAUGACCAAAAAGAAUGGCGCCGUGCUGGACCCCUUCCUCCCAGAUCAUAUAAAGUCGAGCUUUCAUGUCUUGAACAAGGGAGAGGAGAUGUACAGUGCUACCCUAAAUCAGACAAAUGUUGGAAAUAACAACAACAAGUUUUUUGUGAUCCAGGUUCUAGAAUCUGAUGAUGGUAUAAGGUACAUGGUUUACCAUAGAUGGGGUAGGGUCGGAGUAAGAGGUCAAGACAAGUUACUAGGUCCUUAUACUUCUCAAGAAGCUGCGAUACAUGAAUUUGAGAAGAAGUUUUAUGACAAGACAAAGAACCAGUGGUGUCUUCGCAAAGAGUUUAAAUGUCACCCAAAAUGUUACACUUGGCUGGAAAUGGAUUAUACCGAUUCAGAAAAUGGAACAGCACCCGAUAAGACUUGUCAAUCAAGUAGUAGUCAACUUCGUGCUACAAAACUUGAUUCCCGUAUUGCCAAGUUUAUUUCCCUUAUCUGCAAUAUCAGUAUGAUGAAGCAGCAAAUGUUGGAAAUAGGUUAUAAUGCUGAAAAGUUGCCACUUGGUAAGCUGAGUAAGUCUACAAUUUUAAAGGGUUAUGAUGUUCUGAGAAGAAUCUCAGAGGUGAUUGCACAAUCAGAUAGGAAAAAAUUGGAAGAACUGAGUGGGGAGUUCUACACUGUGAUACCUCAUGACUUCGGUUUUAGGAAGAUGCGUGAGUUUGUUAUCGACAGCUCCAGCAAAUUAAAGAGAAAGCUAGAAAUGGUUGAGAGCCUAGCUGAGAUUGAGAUUGCGACUAAACUUCUGAAGGAUGAUUCUGAGACACAGGAUGACCCUCUAUAUUGUCGUUAUGAGCAACUGCAUUGUGAACUAUCACCAAUUGAAGCUGAUACCAAUGAAUUUGCUAUGGUAAAGAAAUAUCUGCUGAACACGCAUGCCAAAACACACUCGGGUUAUAGAGUUGAUAUCGUGCAGAUAUUUAAGGUUUCCAGGAAGGGUGAACUUGAACGCUAUGGAAAGUUCUCUAGUACAAAGAAUAGGAUGCUUCUUUGGCAUGGUUCUCGCCUCACCAAUUGGACUGGCAUCCUUUCACAAGGUUUGCGUAUUGCUCCUCCAGAAGCACCAGUUACAGGUUACAUGUUUGGAAAGGGAGUUUAUUUUGCUGAUAUGUUCUCAAAAAGUGCAAAUUAUUGUUGUGCAUCAAGUCAAUCAAGGGAUGGGGUGCUGCUUUUAUGUGAGGUUGCGCUUGGUGAGAUGGCUGAGCUACUAGAUGCUGAUUAUAAUGCUGAUCGCUUACCAAAGGGAAAACUAAGCACAAAAGGGGUUGGAGCCACAGCACCUGACAUAUUGGAUUCCCAGAUCCUUGAAGAUGGCGUAGUUGUCCCUCUUGGAACACCAAAAGAACAAAAUAAUCUUCAGUGUAGUUUGCUAUACAAUGAAUAUAUUGUGUACAACAUAGAGCAGAUUCGGAUGCGGUAUGUCAUUCAUGUACUUUUCGAUUUCAAGAAUUGAUCAACGUGGUACCUUUGCUUCUCUUGUUCAGCGUGUCUAGGGCUUCGUAGAUCUGAGGAUCCUAAAGCCUGGAGAAUCAGUUUUGUUGUUUAUUGUGUAUCUUUGCUGGGCAUAUGAAAGGUUAGCUAUUGUAAAACACUAAGUACAAAUUUGAAGCAACCUUCUGCAUCAGCGUACAAUGUUGUAACCAUAAACUUGGACAUGGUAACCUGAAAAUAUGAUGCCCAUCUGAGUUUUCUUUGACUGACAA